CUUUUAAAGUGAUAACUGUAUGAAUUAUCCCAAUACCUUUGUGGCAACACCCUCCAAAGAAAAGCAGAUGACUGCUUAGGCAUUGUGUAGUGUCAGCUCUGACUGUUAAAGGAGCAGUUUUCACAUUACAGUGACUCUGGUAAUGUCUCUAUUGAGAUUCAAAAGUUCCAUUUUUUUCAAAGCAUGGAUGAACUGGAUGGGUGUCCUUGUCUGGGAAGAGGAAAUUUAGAGCCAAAUUUCAUGACAUGAACUUGGAGAAAGACAAUGUGCAUCAGCAAAGGGAACAUAAGUUUCAUCUUCUUCCUCUGCUCUUUCAUUCUACCUAUGCACUCAGAUAAAGAAGCUCUGCUGCCAGCUCCUCAAAAUAUCUCUAUUUUUUCCACCAAUAUGAAGCACUUCUUAACCUGGAGUCCGGUGAUCAUCCCUGGAGAAACUGUGAGAUACUCUGUUGAGUUUCAGGGGGAGUAUGAAAGAUACUAUGCCAAUGAGAGCUGGAUUCCCAUCAGUGAGUGCUCAUUCAUCAUUGUUACUCAGUGUAAUGUGACAGAGGACAUCUCUGCUACUGUGCCCUAUAAUCUGCGUGUUAGGGCAGAUGUUGGUACUCAGGGUUCAGAGUGGGGCACCCUGAAACGUCUCUUCAAUCGCAAUACAACUUUGCUCACCCCUCCCAGGAUAAAAGUUAUUGCAGAUGGGUAUCAUUUACUGGUAGAGUUGGAAGACAUGGGGCCAGCCUUUCAGUUUCACAUACUCUAUUGGAAGAAUGGGCAGGAAAGUUCGGUGCAAAAGAUGAUGGUGAAAGAGAUUACCUCUGCUGUUCAUCUGGACACAGUGGAGGCAGGAACUGACUACUGUGUCAAAGUCCAGACAUAUGUAGAGGCCAUUAACAGGAGCAGCAACUUCAGCCAGACACAGUGUAUCAGGGUGCAAGAUGCCAGAUCUACAUGGGUAACUAUUACUCUCAUCUCCUUUGCUGGUUUUAUUAUGGCUGCUUUGGUCCUGCCUUUUCUUAUCUGGAAAAUAAGUCGAAUCUUCGAGUAUUCCUGUUGUCCAGUUGUUAUCCUGCCGGAGACUCUGAAAGUAGCAGAGCCCACCACAAAGUUAUUCCUGCGUGGGAUUGAAAAAGCUGAAUACUGUGAUAUGUCUCUGUGUGUGAUGACCCCUGAAGAGGUCUUUCACCUGUGGAUUCAGGACACACUUUCAUAUGACUUAUGAAGAAUUGACCUGUAAAAAGCCUCUCCAAAAGCAUCCAACACUAAGAGCUAUUCAUACAAUCCUACAGGUAUUUGGUGAGCUCAGAGAUGCCUGAUGCUGGCUGAAAGGACUUGGAACAAUGACAGAAAUAUAAGAAAUAGAUUUGCUCUUGUUCAAAGAGCAAUGUGGAGCUUUACUUCCUUUGAAAAUGUGAGCCUCAUAUCACUGUUCAGGACCAAGGGGUGGGUGGUCAGGGAAGGUCACAUAGUUAUUGGGCAAAGUCCACAAAUUGGGUCCAUAAGGGGGUAGGAAUCAAUCCAGGGUCACAGUAAGCCAGGAAGUAAAAGCAGUGUUCCAAGUAAGCUAGGACUUAAAGCCCCUUCUACACAUUACAGGUAUUGUGCAAUAACUGGUUAAUUAUACAAUUACCUGAAGACCAGCUACACAUGCAAAGAAACUAUCACACAAUGAAAAGUUCCAAACCAGCUAUACAAUUAGACCUCAAAAAUAUGUACUAACUUUAUACCUGGUUGCUAUCAAGCUUUAAUUUACAGAUGUAGGCGGGUGCAUGAAACCCCCUGGCCCUGGGGAUCACAGCUGCAAUGAUCCUUAGAGCUCCAGGGUGGAGGAAACCCCUAGGGCCAAAGGACUGCCACAGGGUGCCCCCCCCCCAAGAUGUAGGAAAUACUGUGGACUGGAGGAUUGCCAUGACUUUUCAGACCCAGACUUCUGCACACCCCUGGAGUGGGGAAGGGAGGAAGUAACCCCUUCAGUGAUCCUUCCAUCCCCCCAGCAUUUCCUGAGCCCCCUGGGGUGCAGGGGGACAUCAUCUCUGUGGUGAUUCUCCAGUCCUGGGGAGUUUCUACAGUGACAGGGCAGGAGGAAGUCACUGCUGUGGCUAUUCAUCCUCUGCCCCACCAAGGGGUUUCACACACCAAUGGGACGGGGAGAUCACCACACUUGUGAUUGGGGGCCCUUCAACUGGGGUGCAUGGGGCACCACCAGUCCCUGCCUUCCUGGGUUUUUGAACUAAUAUGAUUGGAUUUUUUUGAAUAGGACAGACCUGACUCAAGCAUUCAUUUGGACUGUAUGACCUCCUAAAGUCCCUUCCAGUCACACAUUCUUUGAUUCUAUUAUAUGACCCCCAGCAAUGUAGUGGCAGCAAUCUACCUUGUGUAUAGGCCUAGUGUCUGGGCCUACCUUGCACUUGCCACUUUUGGCUGGUAUCGAUGGUAGAGCCCUGGAGUAAAUGAGUGACCUCUGGUGGUGAGGAGCAGUGGUUUGCAUUGUAAUUUGUCCCCUCUCAGGAUCAGGCCUGAGAGACUGGAGGCAGAGUGUUUUUUGGUGAGGAAUGUGCCCCCACAGGUAGUUGGGUUUUGUUGUCUUUGACAGAUUCUGGUGUGCAGCUUGUGGGGGUACUGGAGAUAGUUGGCAGGUUUUGUGUCUUGAGCUGUAGGAAAUUGGCUUCAGUUCUGGUGAUGAGGUUAGGUGCGUGUUUGAACGUACAAACCACUUUUCAGAGCUGGGCCUAUGAGCUGCACUUCAUCAGCCUCCUAGGUAGUAGGUACAGAAACUCAUGGACUCUAUAUAGACAGUGGAGUUCUGGCACGCUGCAACCGGCCAGACAUCUGACACCCCAGGCACCCCAAGCUCCUCUUUUACCUGAACUGCUACAUUCCCCUUUUCCCCCCUACCCCCCACCUUAGCCUGUCCCUCACCCCCUGACGCUUCCAUUUCCAUUUUCACUGACUGGCUUUCUUUCCUGCAUUGCAUGUCAGGCCAGCCUCUGGCUUCCUUACUAUUCCUUCCAUCCAGGACCAACUACAGGUACUUCCUCAGCCUGAUAAAGGGCUUUUCAAUCCUAAAGCUUCCAAAGAUACAUUUUUUUAAGUACUCCUUUUUUUUCAUAAUGCACACACAGACAUAAAAAAAACAAGAUAAGCCAUCACACACCAUGAAUAGCAUCAUAUGUCCAACACAACACAACGUCUUUGCUUCUUGCUGUUCAUUCCUUUAUAAAAUGGAACUGUCACACAGCCUGUCAUUUGGGUACCUUUGCUGCUGCUACUGCUACUACUGGUGUUGAGCCAGCUUAAGUUAUUAUACCUGUUGUCAAGUAAAGUGGAGGACCGAGUGUGAGGCUGAAGGGGAGGAGGAGGCCUCAGUGGAGCACACUACCGUGUAGUGCAGAGGCCCCAGUGCCAGGAAGGGCGCACCUUAACACACGCACACUUUCACCCACCCACAUCAUGAGUUUUGCCUGUCGGCAGCUUGGGGUGCAGGGCCCCAAAUGACAGACUCCCCCAGUGAGAGACACACACACAGCUGGCAGGCUUUGUGGCCUGGCAGGGCCCAGCACUCACUCAGGCCUGCUCUAGGACACACACAGCUGGCAGGCAGACUUCGCAGCCUGGCAGGGCCCAGAACUCAGGCUUGCUCUAGGACACACACAGCUGGCAGGCAUUGUGGCCUCGGGAAGAGCCACGAGCCCUGCAGUUUUCAUCUCCUUGUGUUGUAACACAUAGACGUGACAGGAGCUUUGCUUUCAAGCAUUUGGGGUGCAGUUGCCUCCCAAACCCCUGACCCAAUUUUCUUGAAACUUAGCAGGUUUUGUGGCCUCAGUAAGAGCUACCACCCCUGCAGUUUUCAGCCCCCUGUGGUGUAACACACAGCUGUGACAUGAGUUUGGCUUUCAAGCAUUUGGGGUACAGUUUCCCCCAAACCCCUGCAUUGAUCUUCUUUAAGCUUGGCAGGCUUCAUACUCUUAGCAGAGGCUACCACCCCUGCAAGUUUCAUUCAAAUCAGACAAAAACCAACAAAGAUAUAGAUAUUUCAUUGAUUCCCCUAUGGCCAGAUCUCCGAGGCGGCUCUGAAGCUUCGGAGCUGCUUCGGCCAGAUUGAGGUGGAAACCCGGUCCAGAGCUCUGGAUCAGAUCAUGGCCAUUUGAAGCGGCUAGAUCUGAAGCUGGAUUAGAUUGCUGCUGACUCGCACAGUCCUAGGAGAUAGGAGAUCAGACUUAAUAUUGAUCACCUGGUGAGUAGGUAGUUACAACAUUGAACCAGGAGAAGAAUAAGGACAAGUACUCCUGUUACUGGUUAAGACUUUUCAUGAAAUGGAGAUGCUCCAAAUUCUUGUGGCUAGGAUCUGUACCCAGUGUCAUUUGUCCUCCAAGUGGUGGUGCCAUUCUGCAAAAGAGCAUCUUGAUGGCCACACCUCUUUAUUAAAGAUUUUGCAGUUGUAUUCAGUGGAAGUUAUUUUCCAGAAGUAAAAACAUAUGGGGGGUUUAUACAUGUGCUCCAGGAGUGAGAGGCGGGGGAGCACUUUAAUUAAAAUGUUUCCGAGAGCCACUUUAACUAAAGUGCCUGGAGCAUCUCAUGUAUCAGCAUCCCUGUGCUGAAAAAUGAUGGCAGGGGCACUUUAACUAAAGUUCAUUGAACAAGCUUUAGUUAAAGCACCCUUGUGGCAGAAGGCCACUUGUGUUUCUCCUCCAAAAAUCGGCUCUGUGACAAUUUGGGCCCUGCAGAAGGUACACAACUUACCCUAUCUCUUUAGGUAACCUGAGCUGGAUACAUUCCUAAGAGAGGAGGGAAACCUGCUCCCACUGCCUACAUGACUAGCAUCACAUACGUAGCUGAGGAGCUUGGGAUCCCUGGUGGGCUAGAUACUGCCUGUUUGUCCAGCAACCAGUGAUGCCUUUCAAAUUGGUUGGCUGACAGCCAACAGGUGCUGGCCUCCAUUGGACCAGGCAAAUGAGGUCAUAAGGGCUGUAUAAGUUAAGGACUGCCCAGGAGAAGGGGUAGUAGCCAUGAUGAAAACUCAGAGAGAGAGAAAAGCUGGACCACCUGAACGUUGGUCUCUCUCUCAAUACUCAUGAUCAAGCAACUGCCUGCCUCCAGAGGGACUCUCCACCUGCCUCUGGAUGAUACUCAUGAGUAAGCUACCUGAGAUCUAGCUAGAUAUAUAACUUGCAGUAACUCAGAUGCGUGAUCAAAGGCUACUCUAGUCACCCUGUUUGCUCUAUGGGAUUUGUCUGAUACUGCUCAACGCUGUACCCUAUUUCAACCCUACUCCUUGUAACCAAUAAAGUUCUCCUUUGUAUCUGG